CUCAUUUCUGCACACGGGCUCAUUAAGUUUCCCAUCUCCUCCAGCUUCCAUUAAGACUCAUCUAUUUGUAACUCGGCGGCCUCGGGGCAAGUUACCGAGGCAUGAUGACCGAAGUGUGGCUUUCUCGUUGACUUCAUUAUUCAUGCGAGACAGUGCGCCGCUCUCUCUGGUGUACCAAACUGCACCGUGCCACAGAUUCCUGUAGGCGCCCUUCUCGCCAUGCGCUCUCUCCGGGUCGCAGCUUGACGCACUCGGGGAGGAAGGUCCUCCGAUGCCACAUCGCUGAGGGAGGGAGGAGAGAGAGAGGCAGAGGAGAGGAGGAAACUUUGCGCGGCUGCGAUUGACAUAUUUUAUGGCAGCGGAUGGGAAAGCCCCAACUACGUCGACAACCUGUAAACGCUAAGCAUCUGCCUGGAUCCCAGGAAUUCCCCAUCGGUGGACACAGGAGCUGCGUCCUCUCGGGCUGUUCAUGCCGGAUAAAGUUUGCGCGCAGCUCGGCAGAGGAGAGAGGACAGAGCUUCGGCGGAAGACGUUUCCAUAAAGUUGCGGGGAAGUCGCACGGAGAUGGGCACGCUGCGCGACCUCCAGUACGCGCUCCAGGAGAAGAUCGAGGAGCUGCGCCAGAGGGACGCGCUCAUCGACGAGCUGGAGCUGGAGCUCGACCAGAAGGAUGAGCUCAUCCAGAGGUUGCAGAACGAGCUGGACAAAUACCGCUCCAUCAUCAAGCCGGCGACCCAGCAGGUCCACAAGCAGACCGAGCUGCAGGAGCAGCAUCGGACCAAGAGACAGGCGAUCUCGGCCGAACCCACCGCCUUCGACAUCCACGAUCUCAGCCAUGUCACCCUGCCCUUCUACGCCAAAAGCCCGCAGUCCAAGGAUCUCAUCAAAGAGGCGAUCUUGGACAACGACUUCAUGAAGAACUUGGAGCUGUCGCAGAUCCAGGAGAUCGUGGACUGCAUGUACCCUGUGGAGUAUGGGAAGGAUAGCUGCAUUAUUAAGGAGGGCGACGUGGGAUCGCUGGUGUAUGUCAUGGAAGAUGGGAAGGUGGAGGUGACAAAGGAAAGUUUGAAGCUCUGCACCAUGGGGCCAGGGAAGGUGUUUGGAGAGCUGGCUAUUCUCUACAACUGCACCAGGACGGCCACUGUCAAGACUUUAACAAAUGUGAAGCUGUGGGCCAUCGACCGACAAUGCUUUCAAACGAUCAUGAUGAGGACGGGGCUCAUUAAACACACGGAGUAUAUGGAGUUUCUGAAAAGUGUCCCCACAUUUCAAGGCCUACAAGAAGACAUCCUGAGCAAGCUCGCUGAUGUUCUCGAAGAGACGCAUUAUGAAGAAGGAGAGUACAUCAUCAGACAAGGGGCCAGAGGAGACACCUUCUUUAUUAUCAGCAAGGGAAAGGUUAAUGUGACCAGGGAAGACUUGCCUAAUGGAGAGCCUGUCUAUCUCCGCAGUCUCGGAAAGGGCGACUGGUUUGGAGAGAAAGCACUGCAAGGGGAGGACAUCAGAACAGCCAGCGUCCUUGCAGCAGAGGCAGUCACCUGUUUGGUUAUCGAUCGAGAUUCAUUCAAGCACUUGAUUGGAGGGUUGGAGGACGUUUCCAAUAAAGGCCACGAGGAUGCUGACGCCAAAGCCAAGUACGAAGCAGAAAAUGCGUUUUUCUUCAGUCUCAACCUGGCUGACUUCAACAUCAUAGACACUCUGGGGGUCGGUGGCUUCGGACGCGUUGAGCUGGUCCAGCUCAAGAGUGACGAGAACAAGACGUUUGCCAUGAAGAUCUUGAAGAAGCGACACAUUGUUGACACGAGACAGCAGGAGCACAUUCGAUCUGAGAAGCUCAUUAUGCAAGAGGCCCACUCUGACUUCAUUGUCAGACUAUAUAGAACUUUCAAAGACAGCAAAUACCUCUACAUGUUGAUGGAAGCAUGUUUAGGAGGGGAACUAUGGACCAUACUUCGAGACCGGGGAUCUUUUGAGGACUCAACCACCAGGUUUUACACGGCCUGUGUGGUGGAAGCGUUUGCUUACCUGCAUUCCAAAGGUAUUAUCUACAGAGACCUGAAACCAGAGAAUCUUAUAUUGGAUCACAGGGGUUAUGCCAAACUGGUGGACUUCGGUUUUGCCAAAAAGAUUGGGUUUGGGAAGAAAACCUGGACCUUCUGUGGGACACCGGAGUAUGUAGCACCAGAGAUAAUUCUGAACAAAGGCCAUGACAUUUCGGCUGAUUACUGGUCUCUUGGCAUCCUCAUGUUUGAGCUCUUGACUGGAAGUCCCCCUUUCUCAGGCCCUGAUCCAAUGAAAACCUACAACAUCAUCCUGAGAGGCAUCGAUAUGAUUGAAUUUCCAAAGAAAAUCACCAAAAACGCUGCCAAUCUUAUCAAAAAGCUAUGCAGGGAUAUUCCUUGUGAAAGACUUGGAAACUUGAAAAAUGGUGUCAAAGACAUCCAAAAGCACAAAUGGUUUGAGGGCUUUAAUUGGGAGGGCUUGAAAAAGGGGACACUGACACCUCCUAUCGUCCCUAAUGUCACAUCAGCAGUCGACACAAGUAACUUCGACAACUUCCCUGAGGACAACGAGGACCCGCCUCCUGAUGACAACUCUGGCUGGGAUGUCGACUUUUGAAGUGCGCCACUUCAAACCAAAAGAAACUCUUCUUUUGUAGGCUUUUAAUGGCUUGGAAGCCGUCUUGGAGGACAUCACUGUUUGUAGAAAAAGAAAACGCAUUAAAAAUGGAAGAGAAGAUAUGGAAAAGAAGGAUGGAUGGCAAACCCUCUAGGUCACCGAUAUGCCUUUAUUUCACUGUGGCUCUGGAUAAAGCAUUUAGAGUGGGACUGUAGUAGCACUUCCUCAGUGUUGUCUGAUAUUGAAGUUUAUAAGCAAAGAAAGCACAGGGAUACACUGACAUUAACACAAACAUACAACACGAGCUGAGACCAGAGCCAGGUUUUCCCCUGUAACAGGGGAAGGUGUUUAGUUGCUGUAUGAAUGUUUGAUAACUUAUCGAAGUUUAGGUUCUAGGAUAAAUAGGACGGUGAAAACGUGGAAGGAUUGCUCAGAAAUAGAGCAGUCAGUUUUCUUUACAUCGUCUUUUUUCUCUCUGCAGAUCUGUUCGCUGGGCUUUGGGAUAGGUUACAAUGUUACUGCAGCUGCUGCCUGAUUUUUGACAAGCAGCUACUUGCUACAAUCUCUGCGACUUUCCACAGACGUCCACGCUAGAGUUUCCAGUUAUCAAGUGCUCAAGACUAACUUGAAUGUCGGAGAUUCUCUUCUUAUUCCGUGUACCUACAUAGCGCAACGCCAUGCGUGGUACAUAGUGUAUGAGUAUACAGGUUACAUUGUCACACAUGAACACAGCCGUGAUGAAAUAAAAAUACUUAGUACACUUCCGAUGAGAUUUAUCUACCUUGAAAAGCACAAACACUGUGCAUUAAGUGGACGGCGACGUGACUCUUAAAGUGCCCUGCUUAAAGCUUAAUGAAUCACACAUCUGCACAUACGUCAGCUCGGCUAGCAUCCUCAUGAAGCAGCGUGUCUUUAUGCACCUAAGACCAUUAACUGAAGAGUUAGCAGUUAUAGGCUGUUUUAAAUUUUAGUAUGAGUCAAAUACUUUGUUGUUUUAAUGUGCUUCACUGUUACAUUCUGUUUUUUUUUUGUUUUGUUUUGAAACCGAUUAAAAUGCCUUUUGCCACUCCACCCCAGCCCUGAUGUUCCCUGUUUGCUCUUGUACAGCUCUGAAAUAACUGUGAACCUGGUUUCAGUGUCUUUGGUGCUGUUGGUGAAUUAUGAUCAGCGGUGUUGAGAUGACAGUACUGGUUAUUGUUUUUGUAUUGUGAGUUGUUUUUUUUUUUGUGGCAAAUUAAUUUGUAAUGUAAUUGAUGUCAUUCUUUAGAAAAGUGGAGACUUGUGUGAGUUUUCAAACUUGAAUGAAGAUCUUGACGCCACAUUACAUUGUGCUAAGUUGCAUUUUUAAACUAAGACGAGUUAAAUUUGGCCAUCUCUAAUUGUUGAAACCCAAUUUGACCAAACUCUUUUACGGCCAGCUUUAUAAUGCCUUUUAGGAGAGAACUUUGUUGGCGUUCCUGAUAAAGAUCUGUAAAAAGCCUU